AACGGCGCCGUUUCGACUUCAUUCUGUGACACGACACGGCACAGUUUCUUCUUCACUGAACGGUGACGUUUUUAGCUGCGUAAUCCAACAUUCUCAAAUGGGAAAUGGAGUCGCGAGUUUUAGUGGCUGUUGCGCCGGAACCACCGCCGGAGAAAUUUCCGGUCGAUACGUAACCGGAGUAGGACUGGUUCAAGAAAACCUCGGCCACUCUUUCUGCUACGUUCGUCCAGUUCUCACCGGAUCAAAAUCUUCUUUCCCGCCGGAACCGCCCCUCCGACCCGACCCGAUACCCGGAACCACCACCACUUUCCGAUCAAUCUCCGGCGCCUCUGUUAGCGCCAAUACUUCAACCGCGCUCUCAACUUCUCUGUCAACAGAUACGUCUGGAAUAGCCUCCGCGUUCGAGAGUUCCAAUAGAUUCGCUUCCUUGCCUCUCCAGCCUGUACCACGUAGUCCUAUUAAGAAAUCGGAUCACGGGUCGGGUCUAUUCGAACGCCGGUUCUUAUCCGGUCCGAUUGAAAGCGGUUUGGUUUCAGGGAAGAAGACCAAGGAGAAAGCAAAACUGAAGAAAAGUGGAAGCAAAUCCUUUACGAAACCAAAACUGAAGAAAAGUGAAAGCAAAAUCUUUACAUUCAAAAACGUUUUCACCAACUUAUCUUGUUCGAAGAAGAGUGUGAUUAAGCCAAUCAACGGUUUCGAUUCAUUCGAUGGAUCAUCAGAUACUGAUCGUUACAUACCUGAGAUCAACUCCUUAAGCACGAUUGUGAGCAGCCAUGAGAAACCUAGAAUCAAAGAAGAAGAAGAUAAGACUGAGUCUGCUUUAGAGGAGCCAAAGAUACAAUGGGCACAGGGGAAAGCAGGUGAAGAUCGAGUACACGUCAUCCUCUCCGAGGAAAACGGUUGGCUUUUCGUCGGAAUUUACGACGGAUUCAGCGGUCCAGAUCCACCGGAUUAUCUUAUCAAAAAUCUCUACACUGCCGUGCUCAGAGAGCUCAAAGGGUUACUAUGGAUCGACAAAGGUGAAUCAUAUAAUAGAAACGGCGAGUCCAACAUCGAGAAACAGAGUACAGUCGAGCAUGCAUCCGAUUCGGAUCAAGAAAACUGCCCUGUGAUGAAUGGAAACGAUGUUGCUUGUGGAUCAAGAAACAUUACGAGUGACGUGAAGAAGUUGCAAUGGAGGUGCGAGUGGGAGCAUAACUCAAGCAACAAGUCUAAUAAUAUUAACCACAAAGACGUUCUUAGAGCUCUUCAACAAGCGUUGGAGAAAACAGAAGAAUCGUUUGAUCUGAUGGUUAAUGAGAAUCCAGAAUUAGCCUUGAUGGGAUCCUGCGUUCUUGUGACAUUGAUGAAAGGAGAAGAUGUUUACGUGAUGAGCGUUGGAGAUAGCCGAGCGGUUCUUGCUCGAAGACCUAAUGUCGAGAAAAUGAAGAUGCAAAAGGAGCUUGAGAGAGUCAAAGAAGAAAGUCCAUUAGAGACCUUGUUCAUCACCGAAAGAGGACUGAGUCUUCUGGUCCCUGUUCAGCUCAAUAAGGAACAUAGCACAAGUGUUGAAGAGGAAGUGAGAAGAAUCAAGAAGGAACAUCCUGAUGAUAUAUUAGCGAUAGAGAAUAAUAGAGUGAAAGGUUAUCUCAAAGUCACUCGUGCAUUUGGCGCUGGAUUUCUUAAACAGCCAAAAUGGAACGAGGCGCUUCUAGAGAUGUUCAGAAUAGACUACGUCGGAACAUCGCCGUACAUCACGUGCUCUCCGUCGCUACACCACCAUAGACUCUCAUCACGUGACAAAUUCCUAAUCCUCUCAUCCGAUGGACUAUACGAAUACUUCUCGAACGAGGAAGCCAUCUUCGAGGUUGACUCAUUCAUCUCAGCCUUCCCUGAAGGCGAUCCUGCUCAACAUCUCAUUCAAGAAGUCCUCCUUAGAGCUGCCAAGAAAUAUGGUAAUACUAAGAACAAAACGCAAACGCACUUAAGAUUCGAAACGCAAUCUUUGAUUAAACUCACGUGCAUUUUUUUUUUUUUUUAGAUUUUUUUUUUUUUUUUUUUUGGAUUUCGCUGAGGUUUUACCAUUUUGUUACUCAGCAUAUUUUAACGAUGUUGCAUUUGUGUCCCAUAUACGUUAUUGUUAGUGAAAAAUAUAAUGUAAGAAUAAUU